AUGCGGUUUGCUGCAUCUCUUUUCACAGUAUUCUUGCUCGAGGGCGCUCAUGCUGGUGCGCCCCCCUCCCCUGAACCGAUCAAGUUGACAACACUUCCACUGCCGCCAGUCAUAGCAAAUACGUCGACUGGCAGCUGCACUCUUGAGUUCAAUUCGCAUGGUACAGGUUGUACUGGGCGACAAUCUGGAUUGCAAGUGGGCAGCUGGAUGCCUGAUGGCAAACAUGUACUUGCACAUAUCAACUUUAUCGGCGCGCCUGCAGCGCCUGCAGCUGCUAGCAUUUACAUCGGACAGCAGGUGAUUAUCAUCAAGUCUGACGGUACAUUGUUUCCAAAUGGUGAUUCUUGGAAAUGUAUUACUUGUGGUGUCGACCCCAGCCACGCUGUAGGCGCAAGCGGGACUUCGCUGGAUUGGUCGUAUCCUCAAGCUUUCAGCGAUGGCAAGCGUAUCUUGGCAGGGACGUACAUUAUCGACGGUGGAGCUGAUCUGACUGGUGAAGGAUGCACGCCAGCUACCACAUACGUCUACCCCAUCCGCUUGAAUGCCAAAGCUGACGGCUCUGGUAAUGGUCAAUUCAUCCGUGAGUUACGAUUACACCCAGAUGGUGUUCACAUCGGCAUCAAUGCUCUGGGUUUGAGCCCGGCCCGGUCGCUUUCCGAAGUUGGAUACUAUGGACGUCUAAAUUUCAACCCAGCACCAAUGACAGGUUUACCACUUGUCCCCAGGUAUGACGUGAUCAACGUGAGCCUCCUCUUGGACAAUAGCGGGAGCUCUCCAUUGUUUGCCAAGGGCAACGAACUCUUCUUCAAUCACAGCUCCAUCACCGUUGGAGAACUCCGCGGCUUUUCAGGAAGCGGCGACGAGCUUACCUACAUUGGCUAUCCUGUGGAAUCUUGCAACAUCGACGUAUCCUCUGUCGACUUGCUCACUGGACGCGUUCGUCGUCUCACCUCGCACCCGGGAUAUACCGAUCCUAUCGAAUUCUCGCCUGACGACCAAUGGUUCGUCGUGCAAGACACCCGCGGCUCUGGACGCGUGGAGUUCAUGGAUGGUCUGCGUUGGCUUCCUCCUGUCGCUGACCAGAUUACCGCCACUGCCUGCUCGUCAGUCCGAAAUAAUGGAAUUCGACGAUUCUUUCAACCAUACCUGAUCGAUCGCUAUGGAGAUCGGGGAACAUACUAUGGGCAGAGUUUGAACCACGCGGACAAAGGUGUCGCGGGUAGUGGUGAUUAUGACGAUCCCGAAUGGAACGGCCAAGCGGAUCCUUGGUUCUCGCCCGAUGGUACAAAGAUUGUCUAUUGGCAGGCUAAGGCCAUUCCUCCAGCCUGUGGUGGGAGAAAUCCGUUACCUUGCUACAAUUCAACCGAGCCUGGCGGCCGCACUGAGCGUAUCAUCGUCGCACACCUCACCUCUCGCAAGCCACUAAAGGCGCGCAAGAUAAAGCAAGGGCCAGAGGUAAUCCCAUGGGCCAUUCCAUACGUCGCAGGUGAGCCCACGCCAAACCGGCCAUACCCUCGCGAAGGCCAAUAUACACUCAAAGGUCGUGUCAGCGGUUACGCGGACGUGACGAUCACAGAGAACGCUGCCAAAAAUGGCAUUCUCAGCACUGCUGUAGAACUCCAUGGAUAUUCUGACGACGGCAGGGGCUGCAUCGAUGGCUUCCAGAACAUCACCGUCGUGGUCGAAGGCAUUACGCUGAACCAUCUCGAUUGGUACUCGGAUCUGACGCGCACUGAUUACCAAACGGCGGAGCAGUACACGAGUGCUGAUGGUUUCCACAUGUCAAUUGAUGCUACGUCGAACAUCUUCUCUGCCAAUGGGACUCUGAUUACGACGACCGAUGGUGUCGUGUACAGACAGCCUCUCAAUGGAGCAUAG